UCAUUUGCUUUAAAUUUAAAAUAGAUAAGUUUUUUCAAAAAAGUAAAACAAAAUUCGACACAACAAUGGCGGAAUCCAAAUUCGACCCGCAGCCCAUCGCCGACGGCGGCGGACUCUUUGCCUCGGGUCGGCCGAAGCUCCGCCUUACAUCGGAGUACGACAGCGACACCUCCAUUUUCUUUCAGAAGGUGUCUUGCAAAUUAUUGGACAAUUUAGCUAAAUUGAAGCUGUCGUUCUACAACAACGGCAAAGGGGAGGUGUCGGAGCCCCAAAUCUCGUUCAUCUCCAAGUUCUUCUCGCUGCAAUACGACGUCGAGGAGCGCGACGCGGUGCUCAAGACGUCGCUGGAAAUCGCGCCGGGAGUUCAAUUCCGAGCUGCCCAUCAAGUCAAGGCUCGACAAGGAGAGGUUUCAGUGGUUGCAGAUCUUGCUACCCCAGCCUACAAGCUCGAAUUAGCAUCUGCUGUUCCAUCUGUUGGCAUGCCAAAGGCAACUUUCAAAUUUCCUCUGGGUGAAGUUUCAUUAGAGGAGAAAGAGGUGGGGGAUGAAGAAGAAGAACAAAAAAGAACUUUAUCAGUCAAUGGGAUCCUCAAAAGCAAUGUUUUAAAUGGUCUGUGCACUGCUCGAUACGAAGAGGAAAAUUGGGAUCUAAGAUAUGCAUUCAAGGAUGAGCAUCUAACUUUUGUUCCAAGCAUUUCACUCCCUUCAAAUGUACUGUCAUGUGCAUUUAAGCGGAGAUUCACUCCAUCAGACAAGUUGAGCUACUGGUACCACUUCGAUUCAGACAAUUGGAGUGUGGUCUACAAACACACAGUUGGGAAGGAUUACAAGCUCAAAGCUGGCUAUGACUCUGAAGUUCGACUUGGUUGGGCAUCUCUUUGGGUUGGAGAUGAAGAUGGCAAAGCAAAGACUGCCCCGUUGAAGAUGAAAGUGCAGUUCAUGCUCCAAGUUCCUCAAGAUGAUAUCAAAUCAUCAGCUUUGAUGUUCCGUGUGAAGAAGAGGUGGGAUAUAUAAUUCUAUACUAGAGAUGAAUGACACUCUUACUAAUAUGUUUGUAGACUUAUUGUUGUAUUUUUUUUUUGUUUAAUUUUACUAUUCAUCUUCUUGAAAAGUUAGUCUGGUGGCUAUUACUGUUAAGCAUGAAAAGUAUCCAUUUGUCGACACAUUUUAGAGCAGUUCUUGAUGGCCAUGUAAACUCUUAUCAUCUCUUAUCAUAACUUAACUAAUGCACAUACCUAGCUGGAUUCAAACUA